UUUGGAUUUUGGUUUGGUCCCUCGCCCUGUCUUUCUCUCUAUCUGUCCUUGAAAGAAACAAAGAAAAACUCCAUAAUAAGCGAAAGAAGAAGAACCAGAAGAUCCUUCCAAGAUGAUGAAAGCAGUAGCCCGCAUUGGCGGCUGCAAGAAAAGCUGUCGCCCUUUCAAAAAUUUUUAUGGUGAAUGGAUUGACAGUCUCAAGAACACUUUGCUCCCAGCGCUUCGUCACUCAGUAUCGGUCUCCUCGACUAGUCCCCUCUCCACCCACGUCCAGAUGCUUUACCACCAUUUCCAAGACUACUACGAAGCCCUUGACCUCGCUGCCUCUGACGAUGUCUCGCAGCUCCUCUACCCGGAGUGGCGCAAUUCUAUCGAGAAGCCUUUCCUCUGGCUUGGCGAUUUCCACCCCAGUAUCUUCACCAACCUCCUCCGAUCCUUCCUCAACGAYUCUGAAGAUGGGAACAAUUUCAACAAUAGGGACAGGCGCUUGCUGUUUGCGCUCGCAUGGAAGGACCCGUCCAAGGCUCUUAUGAGCCGGAUCGAGCAGAUUGAAUGUGGUCUCAGACUCAUGGUUCCUGCACUCGUUGACCGUGCUAGGAAUGCACAGGCUGCAUUUAUUGAGAGAGUAGCGGUUGAUUGGGAGAACUUUGAGGGGAGAAAGGAGGUUGCCAAAUCCAUUAUCGCAAAGGCUGCCAUGGCGCAGAUAGAGGAGCUCGUCACCAUUUUUCUAGACGCUAAUAGGCUCAGAAGAAGUAUUCUGAUGGAAAUCAUGGGUGCCACAGAUGUUUAUCAGGCAGCUCUCUACCUCGAGAGGCUUGCUGAAUUCUUUGUUGGGUUUCUGGACACCGGAUUGCUCCUUGACUUUGAGCAUUGCAGGAUGCCUAUAACAUUUGGAAUCUGAUUUGGGUUCUUCCAUUUGUAAGUAGGGUAUUUCCAUUGGUAUUCUAACAGUAUAUUCUUUUCUCUUUCCCAAACCACUAGGUUUUCCAGCACAGAUCGAAUUCCUUUUUCCCUCUGUUUUUCUAGUUAUACUUCAAUUCCGCUACUUGACGCUUAAUACAAUUUUGGGAUUGUAUUGAUUUGGCUAAA